UAAGUAUUUUGCAGAAGAAACAAAUAGGUUCAUGUUGGAGAGGAGUUACAAGUAGCCCUAAACACCAAUAAAGCGCUCAAUUACGCUCAUCUUGUGCACAUCUUUCAUUUUGUAGGAGGUUACGUUUCUAUUUGCACGAUGUCUUCAACUCAUGUAUGUAACGGUGUACAUAUAAGAUACAAAGAUCCCUGCUGACAUUAGGCGGUUCUGAAGUCUGAACUUCCAAUCCCAACAGCCAUGGCUACAGUCCUCAAGGUCCCCUUAAUCCUGUACCUGCUCGCAGUGCUUGGCGGCCGCCAUGUUUACUGCAAGAGCAAUGGGGCCGCCGCCGGCCUUUAUGACGUUACAGAGUACGGAGCGUCGCAGAGCAGCAAAGACAACAAAGACGCAUUCUUGGCGGCAUGGCGCGCCGCGUGCAGCUCCACGACAGGCAACGCGACCCUGCUGAUCCCUGAGGGCACCUUCGCCGUCGGUGCCGUCGAGUUCUCAGGCCCGUGCAAGAGCGGUGGCGCACCCGUCGUCGUAAUCGACGGCGUGCUCCGGCCGUGCACGGGUGGAUGCCACCUAUUGGAUGAUGACUGGAUCACGUUCAGCGCCCUGAGCAACCUCCUCAUCACCGGCGCCGGCACCCUAGACGGCCAGGGCGGCGCUCAGACUAGCAAGGCCAAAGCGACGGUGAUGACGCCGGCCGCCAAUUACGGAUCGAUCAAAUUUGUGUCGUUUCCUUCUUGUGUACGAGACGGUGAGGUGAUUUUGCGUGCCAUUGUGCAGACUCUCGAGUUGGACGGCGUGACGAACUCGACCGUGAGGGGCCUGCGGUUCGUGGACAGCCGGGGUUUCCACGUGAGCUUCCACCGCAGCAGCAGCGUCGCGGCGGAGGGCCUCCGCAUCCACGCCCCCGCGUCCAGCCGGAACACUGACGGCAUCCACGUCGGCUGCUCGAGCCACGUCCGCAUCACCGACUCGGUGAUCGGCACGGGCGACGACUGCGUGUCCGUCGGCCCCGGCUCCUCGGACGUGGUCGUGACGGGCAUCGUCUGCGGCCCGGGGCACGGCAUCAGCGUGGGCAGCCUUGGGAGGGAAGAGGGGGAGGAGGACGUCCGCGGGCUCGUGAUCCGGAACUGCACCGUGCGUGGCACCACCAACGGGCUUCGCAUCAAGACGUGGCCCGGCUCGCCGCCGGGACGGGCCACAAACAUCACCUUCGAGGACAUCAUCAUGGCCGACGUAUCCAACCCCAUCCUCAUCGACCAGCAGUACUGCCCCCACGGCCGUUGCUCCGACGUCGACAAGCCUUCGCGGGUGCAGAUCAGCGACGUGACCUUCAGGAGGAUCGAGGGGACGUCGAGCAGCAAGGUGGCGGUGCAGCUGCGGUGCAGCGAGGAGCAGCCGUGCAGCGGGGUGCGCCUGGACGGCAUCAACCUCCGGUGCGGCGACCAGCCGUGCCACGCGCAGUUCGCCAACGUGCGGGGGACGCCCGGUUUGGAGGCUCAGGUGCCCAGCCUGUGGGUUCAAGAAGCUCACGUACUGCCAUCAGACGCUGAAUAACCAACCAUUCUCAUGAGUUACGCUUCCCGGCGUCGAGCACUGCAGGACCUAUCGGGUUUGCUUGAGAAUUGCUUGGUUUUGGUUUAAAGUUAGAAGAUGGAUUUUUGCAGGAUGACAAUAAUCAGGUU